UAACCUUCUGCGGUGCUUCCUCUUGUGCGAUUGCAGAGGGAGCGACGCAUGGCUACUACGAAGGUCGAUGGAGGAGCGGUGGCAGUGGGUAAGCCGGUGAUUGCGGUGGCGGUCGAUGACAGCGAGCGCAGCUUCCACGCGCUCCGGUGGACGCUCCUCCGUUUCUUCUCCUCGCCUGCCGCCGGCUCCACCUUGCCCUUCAAGCUAGUGGUCGUCCACGCAAGGCCCACGCCGACCUCCAUCAUCAGCCCCUCCGCAACCGGAGCGCCGGACAUGCUGUCAGUCGUGAAGGCCGAUCUGACCAAGAUCUCGUCGAAGGUUAUCGAUAAAGCCAAGGAGACGUGCCUUGCCCAUUCGGUCCGGGAUGUUGAGUGUGAAGUGCACGAGGGAGAUCCCAGAAUCGUUCUAUGCCAAGCAGUGGAGAAGCAUCAUGCGGAAAUAUUGGUGGUGGGAAGCCAUGGAUAUGGAGCAAUCAAAAGGGCUGUUCUAGGUAGUGUCAGCGAUUACUGUGCUCACCAUGCGGAUUGCAAUGUGAUGAUAGUGAAAAAGCCCAAGCACAAGAACUAACAAUACUCAAAUUUUCUUUUCUAAGUGCAUUCAUUAAUCGUUAAUUUGUUGGCUAUCAGAUCAACAUUAUGCUUUGGACAAAUGUAAUAAAUCAAGUAUCAACACUGAUUUCCUUUUC